AUGCCUGCUGAAAACGACGGGAACUUCAGGGCUCUUUUGCGUUUAGCAAUAGAUAGUGGCGACGAAAAUUUAAAAAAGCAUGUUGAAACUGCAGCACAUAGCAGGACAAAUAAUACAAAAAAAAUUAUUAACCGUAUUAAUAAAUCUCAAUGCUUUGCAAUAAUUGCUGAUGAAACCACGGAUGUUAGUGGCAUUGAGCAAUUUUCAAUUUGUAUACGGUAUGUUGAUCGUUUUGAGAAUGAGGAAAAACUGAGAGAGGACUUUUUAUGUUUUGUUCCUGUUGAGGAUACAACUGGCAGCGGUCUUGCGAAUGUGCUAAUUGAUAAAUUAAAAGAACUUAAACUUAGUUUUGCACACAUAAGGGGUCAAGGUUAUGACGGAGCGCGGUCGAUGAGUGGACAUGUCAAAGGUUGUGCUAGUGUCAUCCAAAAUUUAUAUCCAGCGGCUCUUUAUGUGCACUGUGCUAAUCACAGCUUAAAUUUAGCCAUCGCAACGUCUUGCAAAAUACCUGCUAUAAGAAAUUGUAUUGGUUCCAUGAAAGAGACCGUAAAACUUUUUCGGAUGUCAACUAAAGCAGGCACACUGCUCAAAAAUCUUAUUCUUGAAUCCUUUCCAAACUCAAAGCAAGUGAGGUUACUUAAAUUCUGCGAAACACGUUGGGUGGAGCAUUUAGAAUCUCUUUCUUUAUUUAACGAUUUAUUCCCAUUGAUCUGUACAGCGUUGGAAGAGCUUGAUGCUGAAAAUUUAAGAAGUGAUUUAUCAAAGCCACAUGCUUUGUUGACUGCAAUCCAAUCACCUCAGUUUGUGAUUGCUAUGGCGAUACUAAAGCCAAUUUUUGCAUUAUCAAAACACAUAAGCCUAUGUUUGCAGCAAAUAGACUGUGAUUUGAGCAGCUGCGUUGCUUAUGCAAAUAAUUUGUAUGCUGAAAUUAGUGAAAUGCGUGAGGAUUCUGAACAAUCGUUUAAACAAAUUUUUGAAUCAGUUAAAACAAUAGCCGCAGAAUUAGAUUUAGAAAUCAAAAUUCCGCGUUUGGCGAAAAGGCAAACUAAUCGCGACAAUUAUGAAGGCGAACCGGAAGAAUAUUACCGCAGAUCAAUUUAUAUACCGUUUUUAGAUCAUUUUUUGGACCAAAUCAAUGAACGAUUUUUAAAACAUCGAGAGCUGCUUUCCAAAAUUGAAAACAUAUUGCCAAAUAAAUGCAUAAAUCUUGACGUUAUUGAGAUGCAGGAGACUGUUCGUGUUUUAGAAAAGCAAUGGUCCGCUGAUGUAGAAGAUCCCGAUGAUUUCGUUGCUGAAUUUAGAAUGUGGAAAAGGAACUGGUUAAAUCAAACAAAGAGAUCCAAAACUUUUUUAGACGCGUUGAAUUGUUGCGAUGCAAAAAUUUUCAAAACAGUGCAUCGUUUUUUAAAGAUUGGAGCAACAAUCCCUAUAUCUGUCGCUUCAAGUGAACGCUCGUUUUCCUCACUUCGCAGGCUUAAAACAUAUUUAAGAAAUAAAACUGGAGAAGCACGCCUGAACGGAAUGGCUCUCUUGAAUAUCCAUAGAGAUAUAGACGUGACGGAGGAAGAGAUUUUAAAUGUUAUGGCCCAAAAUAAAAGAAGAUUAGACUUCAAUUUGUGA